CUACUGGCAGUUAUCAAAAAGUUAUUGGAGACAUAUUCCACGUCGAACAAGUAACUGUUCACCGUGUGGUACAAAGUCACAGCUGCAAUAGCAAAACUCAGUUGCAAUUUCAUUAAAAUGCCGGAUUCCCAAGAACGAAUAGAAGUGGCAAACGACUUUUACUCCAUUGCAGGAUUUCCGAGGAUAUUGGGAGCUAUUGAUUGUACACACAUUAAAAUCAAUUCACCAGGGGGAUAUCAAGCUGAAACUUUUCGCAACAGAAAAGGUUUUUUUUCGUUAAAUGUGCAAAUUGUAUGUGAUGCGAAAUUAUGCAUCCGAAAUGUGGUAGCAAGAUGGCCAGGCUCUGUACAUGACAGUACAAUUUUUAAUGACUCUCCUUUAUGUGCACAAUUUGAGCGUGGUGAUUAUGCAAAUUUUGUGCUUUUAGGAGACAGUGGUUACCCAUGUCGACAUUAUUUGCUGACCCCUCUAUUAAAUCCAAAUACAAUAGCUGAAGAAGCAUAUAAUAGAGCUCAGGUAUCAUCAGGAAACCCUAUUGAAAGGCUUUUUGGUGUUCUCAAACGUAGAUUUCCAUGUUUACAUAAUGGCCUAGGAGUAAAUGUAAAAAAUAUUCCACCAAUUAUUGUGGCAUGUGCAGUGCUUCAUAAUAUUGCACUGUCUAGGCAAGAUAACAUAAUAGUUGAAGAGGAUACUUUAAACAGUGUUGAGGAAAUACAAACUGAUGAAACAAUCCAUGAAGGCAAUCAGAAUUUUGUUGUUUGAUCAUCAAUAAUUAAUACACAUUUUACUUAUUAAUCACUAUUUUAUUUUCAAUUUAGU